AUGUUUCAAACACUGUUUCCAAUGCUACAGAUUCCCCCCGAGGAACACGGAAUACCUGUGGCGAUGUGCUUGGAUUGUGUGGAACACACGAUUGAUGCGUACCGCUUCUGGAAACUGGUGACCAACGUGGAGAAAGAAGCUGUGGACAAUGCCGCGGACGAUGGUACAUCGACGAACCGUCCUGGGACGAUCGCAUUAUGUAUUGAGCCGCUGAGCAUCGAUGAGACAGUUUCCUACGAAGAUGUUGAAUACCUGUUGGACGAAGUGCAGAACGAGAGUGAUUGGUCAGCGACAUCGGACGGUCGGAGCAGUCCAGAUAGGAGCAAACCCGCAGAUGCUGCCGGUGCGCGGAGCGUCGAGCGCACGGCCCUCAAACACGUGGACUACUUUCCUACGCGGACGAACGGAAGCAACCCCUUUCGAUGCUGUGGACGAAAAUGUAUGCUGACCUUUAGCACGCGAGAUGAGCUGGAAAAGCAUGGCGCCGAGAAGCACUGCAAACCGAAGGUGUAUGACGAAUCUUACGGUUACGAGUGUUACAUUUGUUUCGGUCGGUUUCGGUUCCGAAAAAAUCUCAUCACACACUUGCGACGCCUGGUGCGGGACUACGAGUGCCCGGUGUGCAGCAAGGUUUUCGAUCGCCCGAAGGAGAAGGGACCGCACAUGGCUGCAGAACACCAAGCUUAUCUACAGUCCGUGCGAAGAAAGUGCUACUUGCUCGAGGAACAACAGCUGAAAAUAUGCUGCGGAUGCGGUGCCCGGUACGACACGGUCGACGAGCUGCUCGAGCACGGUGUGUCUGUCCACGCACAGCACCCGCGCAACGAAGACUCCGGUCACAAUAUUCAGUGUGGCGUGUGCUAUAAGUUUUUCAAGACGCGCAUCUGCCUUCGCCAGCAUCAGACGGCCGUGUAUCGGCCCAAACCGUUCAGUUGCGUUCGGUGCGGCGCAGCUUUCGAUUGUCCGUCGAAGCGACAGGCCCAUGAGAAAACGCAUGAAGUUGAUCGUAGGUUCGUGUGCUCGGAAUGCGGGGCUUCAUUUAAGACGGAUGCGGCACGGCGGGGACAUCAGAAAAUACACGGAGAGCGUACGCUACAGUGUGAUACCUGUGACCACCGUGUGCGCACCAAGCAUCAACUCAAGGAGCACAUGCUACGGCACGGAUCCGAGCUGCCGUUGUCAUGUUCGGUGUGCCCGAAACGGUUCCGGAUUCGCUCGAACCUCGUUAGCCAUUUGCGAUCGCACACCGGUGAAAAGCUGUACCCCUGCCGAUUCUGUGACCGACGCUUUGGCUACGUCAGCGACCGACGGAAACAUGAACGGUCCCACACCGGAGAAUAUCCGUACAGUUGCGAUUUGUGUGCGAAAAAGUUUCAUCGACCAUCGGCUCUCCAAACGCAUCGACAGAAGUGUAGCGGUAACAAACGUGCUGCCUUGGUGUGCUGA